UGCGGUUUAGUGUGACAUUCAUUUGAAAUUUUUUUUCUUUGAUUAUCAUUACCAAUUGCAUAUUCGACGCCAAAUAAUCUUAAUUUUGGGUUUUUUUUUCUCUUAGUGGCGUAACUUUGGUUUCUUUCAUUUUUUUAGUUGUGAAUGAUUUUCAUUUUGGUUUUGUUUACAAAAAUUAUACAAAAAUGUCGCUUUUUGAUUUUAUUGAACCUGUUAAUACAAAAUUACAGGAAACAUCUUCAACGAAAAAGAUUUCUACAAAUCCAUUCGCUACAAAUAACAAUGAAAAUUCUUUUAAAAAAUAUGUAAAUUCUUUGGAAGAUUCUGAAGAAGAAGACGAAGUUAAUAUUACAGAUUCGGAUGGUUGGCCUAGUUCACCACCAUUACACCAACAAUCAUCAAUUGCAAGUAAUUUUCUUUCUACAACAAAUUCUGAUAGUCAAGAUUCAUUGAUUUUAUCUACUGGUCAUGUUAAUAACACUGAUAAAGAUCAACCGGAAAAAUUGGUAAAACAUAGAAAUAUCGAUUGGUUUAUCGGUAGUGAACAGGAAAUACCUGAUGAUGAACUUUUUAAAUCUGCUACAAUUUCGAUUGAAAAUGAAUCUAGCACAAAAAGUGAUGAUGUUGAUGAACAACAAUCAAACAGUAUAGACAUUGAAGAACAACAAAUAUUAUCAUCAGCAUUAGCUUUUGAUUGUGGAUCACCAAAUUCGUUGAAUUAUUUUCUUCAACAAAAUCCAAUAACUAAAUUAUCGUCAUCAAUCAAUUCAACAACAUCACCACAACAACAACAAUUACCAAAAUCAUUCAAAAAAUCUUACUCAUCGGCUAAUAUUGUAUCCACUGGAUCUACUUAUUGUGAUACAAUUUCAACUGAAACUAGUCCAAUUGCCAUUAAUAAUACGAUGAAUGUAGCAUCGAAAAAACGUGGUUUAUUUUCACGUGGUUCCAAAACGAUAAGUGGUGGAUCAUCACUUGGCACCCAUGCAACAUCAUCCACUUCAAUUAAUGAUAAUCAUCAAGAGGAAAAUGGUAAAAUUAAUAAAACUCCAUCCAGCCCAUCGGGUGCAUCACAUCAUUUUAAUGAAUUAGAUGAAGAUCGUUUCAAUGGUGAUGGUGUACAAUUUCAAGGCAAAUUAAUUGGUCAUGAAUAUGUUGCCGAAGCUCGUGGUGAACAAAUGUGCCAACAAUCGUUGAAAAAAUUAAAAAUCAUUCAAAAAGCCUUAGGUGGUCAUAAACGUAAAAUCAAUCUAUUCAUUUCAUUUGAUGGUAUUAAAAUUCUUGAUCCACAAACAAAUGAAGAAUUAUUUCAUCAUUCUGUACCACAAAUAUCGUUUAUAUCACGUGAUGAAACUGAUACACGUGCCUUUGGCUAUGUUUUUGGUAAUUCACAGACUGGACAUCAAUUUAUCGGUAUUAAAACAAAAAAAGAAGCAAUGAUUGUUAUGUCAACAAUUGGACAAUUAUUUGCCAUAACAUUAAAACGUAAAAGAAAUGCCGAACAAGAACAAACGGCUGCAUCGGUUAUAUCAUCAGGUGAAGAACAUCUUUAUCAUUCUGUACCAGAUCAAACUUCAUUGACAUCAUCAUUGCAAACAUCCGAAAUUGGCGACAAUAAUAAUGAUAUUGUCACUAAUAAUUCGACAACGACAAAAUCACGUGCACGAAUUCGUACAGGUGUUGCAUUGGAAAAUGUCCCUAUACCAGCAUUACCACCGCCAUCAGAACAACAUCCAAGACAUCGGCAACACAAUCAAUCGACACAACAAAAUCAACGUUUCGCUACAAUUGGUCGUGUGAAUGAUAUUAACAAUAAUUUUUCACAACAACAAAAAACUUUACCUUCGGCAUUGAUCAAUGAAUUGGAUCUAUUUCAACCAACUAAUGUAACUGGUGGAUGUCAAAAUCUUAGUGCAAGUAUCGAUUCUUCAUUACCAAAGGAUUCAAAUCAACCUACGACUGGUACACAACGUUUAGCAUCAUCAUAUGAUUGGGCACAUUUUGAUGAUGAUAAUAAUCAAUUAUCAAUAAAAGAUGAUUCAACAUUGAACACUAUAUCAUCGAUUUCUGAUACAUUAACAUUCAGUAAUAAUCAACAAACUUUGAAUGAUUCAAUCACUUUAGUUGCUGGUCAACAACAACAACAACAACAACAGCAAUAUUCAACAAAUCAGAAAUUCCAAAUGAAUUCAAAAGCAAUAAUAAAUAGUCAGAAUAAAUUGAAUGUUUCUUCAACAACGAUCUCAUCGGCUAAUUUUGAUGGAAUGGAUCCAUUUUCGGAUGCUUUUGGUUCGGAUCCAUUUUCAACAGCAUCAACAACUGCUGAUAUAUCAUCAAAUUUGUUUAGUGCAAAAACAUCACUUCCACAACAAGAACAACAGCAGCAGCAAUCCCAACAACAAAAUCGUCCACCAUCAAAUCCUGGCCCGAAUACAAUGUUUGAUUCAAACAAAUUAAGUUUCAAAGAAAUGAAUUCUGGAUCAGUACCAGCAUUAACAAAUUCAUUCGGAUCAUUAUCAUUGGAUAAAUCACAACAAUCAUCAACAAAUAGUCAAAAUUUUAACAACAAUUUAUUCAAAAGCAAUGUUGAAUUAUCAAAUCAAAAUUCGGAUUCUCAAGCGGACAAAUAUGCUGUUCUUGCCGAUAUAAAUUCUAUAUCAACAUCAAUUUUUGAUUCAUUGGGUAAUCGUUCGGCAACAAUGAUAGAAAAAGAAGAUAAUAAAAAUAAAACUCCAACUCCGCCACCUAUCACUUCAACGCAACAACGAAAUUAUCCUUCAGGAUAUCCUUCGUCAAUAAAUAAUUCACAACAUCAACAACAACAACAAUCAAACCCUUCACCACUUUCAUAUGGAGUUAAUGGUAUUGUCGUAUUACCACCAGUUUCUACAACAUCAAUACAUAAUGAAUAUAUUUCUGGUGGAAAUUUUUCUAAAAAUCGUUGGUUAACUAAAAGUUUUGAUUCAAAUGAAAUGCCUACUGGCCGAAAUAUAAAUUAUGGUCAGCAACAACAACAACAACAACAAACACAGAAACAGGCUCCACGAGCUGAAUUUGAUUCAAUGUCAAAUCUAUCAUCGAAUUCAUCAAAUACAUCAAUUUCAAAUACGCAGCAGCAGAAUCAGAAAAAAUCAACUAACGAAACAUCAAAUAUACCAUUGUUUCAAGAAUUAGAUCCAUUAAAUAAUAAGAAAAGAAAUUCACCAUUAAAUUUCAAAAAUUUUAAUGAUAAUCGUAAUCGGUCACCAAUGCUUAAUAAUCCAAAUGGAUUAGAUUCAUCGAUAUCUUCGAUGAAUUCAUCAAAUUCAUCAUUAUUUAAUAAUUCUCGUAAUUGUUCAACACCUAAUAGCCUACAGCAACAACAAAAUCAUAAAUCACCACAGCCUUUAUUAAGCCAUCAACAGUCAUUACCAGUUAUAGCUUCCUCUGGUAAUUUAAUAAAAUCACAAUUCUCAACAGCGACAAACAAUACAAUUGAAGAAAUUCCUAAUAAUGAUAAUGAUAUUAACAAUGUUAAUCAAAAGUUAACUAUGAUUUCUAAGCCAUUUAAUUCAACAAAUAUGAUAUCAUCGUCGUCAACUAUUACAACAACGACAACAAUAACAACAAGUCCACAUUAUAUUAUGCUUUAUAAUCUAAGUACAUCACCUUUGCAAUCAAAUCAAAUUAAUGAUGAUGAAGACGGUGAUAAUAAUGAUGAUGGUCCAACAAACAAUCAAAUUAACAAUUCAUCUUUGGAUUCAACGAAAACUAAUCAUAUUGAAGGAGGAAAUUUAUUAUCAUCUCAAAAUAAAAAUAAUAUUGAAUCAAUAACAAUUAAAGAAGGUAAACAAGAUUUAGAUAAUAAAAAAUCAGAUGAUUCAUCAUCAUUAAAUGUAAAUGAUGAAAUGAAUAAAAAUGAAGAAAAUUCAUUAUCCGAAAAUAAUAAUAUGAUUAGAAAUGAUCAACGUUCACGAACAUCAUCAAUUUCAUCUAGUUCAAAUUCAUUAUUAUUGCAACAAGAAAAUUCCAAUUUUUCCGAAUUAAAAUUUGAUGAUGUUUUCGAAACACCAUUAUUGACAACAACAACAACAAACGAUUUAGAACAAAAUCAGUCAAAAGAAUCAACAAAAUUGGAUAAUAAAAUUUCCGAAGAAAAUAAAAAUCAAUCAAAUGAAAUUAAACAGAAAAAUACAUUAAUCAAAACAAAAACUGAAUCAAUUUCAUCAUUGAAAUCAGAUUCAUCAACAGGAAACGUAACAAAACCACAAGCAGCAACAUCUACUUCAUUAUCACGACAAUCAUCAACAUCAUCAACACCACCUGCUAUACCUCCUAGAACUGAUCUGCAUAAUAAUUCCAAUAAAUAUCAAAAUCAAAUGGGCUCUAUACCACCACCACCUCAACCUCCGCCUUCACAAAUUCAUAGUGGCCAUUCUUCAUCAUAUGGUAAUAGAAUUUAUUCACAACAACCAUAUCCUCCGUUACAAUAUCCAUAUUAUCCAUCACCACCGCCUUCAUCAUCAAGUCAUUUUUCUGAUCCUUAUAUUCAUCGACCUAAUUCAUCAUCUUCACAUCAUCAUCCUCAUCUUCGUUAUCAACCAAAUUAUUAUGAUUCAUGGUAUUGUAAUCAAAAUGAUCCUAUCUAUUCAACACCACCACAACGUCCACCAUUAGAUUAUCCACCACAAAUACCACCACCACCAAUACCAUCAAAUGUUCCACCAAAUUAUUUGGGCUAUCAUGAUUAUUAUACGAAUCCAUCAAGACCAUUUAGUGGUGGCAAUGUUGCGCUUGCUAAUACCUGGCAUGAGUAUUAUCAACAUCAACAACAACAACAACAACAACCACAUUCAUCAAUGAUACAUCCAAAUCAGCUAAUGUCAUCAUCAACAUUAUCAUUAUCAUCGACAACAUCUGCUGCGCAACCUAAAAAAGCAUCAUCAAUAUCAUCGACUCCUCCUCCUUGUAAUAAUAUUAAUAAUGAUGAAGCCACACCUUCUCCUAUCCCACCACCUAUUGUACCGAAUCCACAGCGUCGUAUUUCGGCAACAUCAACAUCAUCUCAAUCGGGUGGGGCAACAUCUAACCAAUCACCGUCGAUGAAUUUACAUCGAACACCAUCAUCGGUUUCAAGUACAACCGAAAGAACUUUUAAUCCAAAUGUUAUACCAACAAUUCCGAUGUAUCCUCCUCCAUUACCACCAACACAUCAAAUGGAUCCAUUCUAUUCACAUCCAUAUUAUGAUGAACUGAAUAAAUCAUCAGCAUCACCAUUUGCAGCAUUCAAUAUGAAUAUGGAACAAAUGAUAAUGAAAUAUCAUCAUCCUGUAUUGCCACCACCACCACCUAUUGUACCUAUGCAUCAUCUUCGUAAUAGUCCAAUAUUACCACCAUAUGAACCAACAUAUGGUUAUACAAAUUAUCAAUCAUAUCCUGGACAAUAUCCUACAAUGAUUAGAGGUCGAAAUAGCUCUGGUCAUCUUUAUUCAAAUCAAUUGGAUAUUACACAACAACAACAACAACAAACAUUACCACAAACAUCUUCACAAUCAGGAACAUUGAUGCCCGGUAAUCAAUUUGUUUGUCCUAACAAUAGCAUUGAAAGUAAUACAAACAGCAGUAAUGGAAGUAGUAGUGGAUAUGCAUCAACAAUAAAAUCAACAACAUCAAUGAUGAUUGAUUCAAUUGCUCGUAUAUCUCCUAUGGCUAAUCCUCAUCAAACUCCUUGGCCAACAAUAUUUCCGGAUAAUACAACAUUGCAACAACAACAACAAAAUUUAAUGAAAUCAAAUAAUAAUGAUGAUACUAAACCUUUCAAUGAUUCUUUUAUUGAUAAUUUUGCAAAUUUUGAUACAAAUCAAGAUGGAUUUGAUACGGUCAAACGAAAUCAAAAAGAUUCAUUGAUUAUGAUGUUGGAUGAUGAUAAUAAAGCUAAUAAUGAAACGGAAAAAUCAGAAAAUCAAUCAAACAUGGAUCAUAGUGUUAAUGAAAAUGAUGACAUAAAUAAUGGCCAUAAAUCACCAAUGUCUACCUUUGCAUCUGGCCUCGUUAUAAACAAUAGUGUUGUUGGGGAUGUUGGUAAAAGCAAUCCAUUUGCCUAA